ACACUCUCCUGUGGUGGCGCACUGGCGUCGGGCAUUAGGAGGAGAGCGAGGCUGCAGGCCUAAAUAUCCUUUUGGAUUGGAGCAGGAGGCACCGGGCGACACUCCCUCACAUUGUGCUGAGAGACAUCAAUUAAUUAUGCAGGGAAGCUGCUCGGUCUGAGGAGGGCUGCUACUGCUGGAGGUGGAAGUGCUGGUGGAGGUGGUGGAGGAGGGAAGACGGCAGCAUCAAUAUGGCGACAACUGCAGUUUCUCCCAGAUAAUUCGCGCCUCUGCAGUCCCGCGACGGCUCCACGGAUUCACUGUGACGCUUACGAGAUCUCCUACAUUGGAUGGUCAAAACCUAAAGACCACAUAGUUGCAGGAUGAAAACAUGGCUGCACCCCUUCUCGCACCCCCAGGACCUAACAGCUUCAAGAGAUUUAAUGCAGAAUCAUUGGCGGCCCUCGAGCAGCGCAUCAACGAGGAGAAGAACAAGAAGCCGCCAAAGCAGGACAGCAGUUACCGUGACGACGAUGAUGAGAACAAGCCCAAGCCCAACAGUGACCUGGAGGCUGGCAAGAGCCUGCCCUACAUCUAUGGGGACACCCCUAAGGGAAUGGUGGCGGUACCACUGGAGGAUCUGGACCCGUACUACCUGAAUUCUCAGAAAACAUUUAUAGUGCUAAAUAGGGGGAAGACAAUCUUCCGUUUCAGUGCCACACCUGCCUUGUACUUCAUAAGUCCUUUUAAUCCGGUUAGGCAAAUAGCUAUUAAAAUUUUGAUACAUUCUCUUUUCAGCAUGAUCAUUAUGUGUACUAUUUUGACCAACUGUAUAUUCAUGACCUUCAGUGAUCCUCCUGAGUGGUCAAAACAAGUAGAGUACACAUUCACAGGAAUUUAUACAUUUGAGUCUCUUGUAAAAAUCACGGCACGAGGAUUCUGUAUAGAUGGCUUUACAUUCCUUCGAGACCCAUGGAACUGGCUGGACUUCAUGGUCAUCUCCAUGGCGUAUAUAACAGAGUUUGUAAACCUAGGCAAUGUCUCAGCUCUGCGCACGUUCAGAGUGUUGAGGGCAUUGAAAACAAUUUCUGUCAUUCCAGGCCUGAAAACCAUCGUGGGUGCCCUCAUCCAGUCGGUCAAGAAGCUUUCUGAUGUGAUGAUCCUGACCGUCUUCUGCCUCAGUGUCUUUGCACUCAUCGGUCUGCAGCUCUUUAUGGGCAACCUGCGCCACAAGUGUGUCAUUUGGCCCAUCAACAUAACCGAAAGCUACCCGGUCAAUGGCAGCUUCGACUGGGAUGCGUACAUCAUGAACAACACAAAUUUCUACUUCCUGCCCGGCCAAAUAGAUGCUCUUCUCUGUGGGAACAGCUCAGACUCGGGCCGUUGCCCGGAGGGAUACACGUGUAUGAAAGCUGGAAGAAAUCCAAACUAUGGUUACACCAGCUUCGACAGCUUCGGAUGGGCCUUCCUGGCUCUUUUUCGCCUCAUGACACAAGACUUUUGGGAAAACCUCUACAUGCUGACAUUGAGGGCGGCAGGAAAGACCUACAUGAUCUUCUUUGUGUUGGUGAUCUUUGUGGGUUCUUUCUACUUGGUCAACCUGAUCCUAGCUGUGGUGGCCAUGGCCUAUGAAGAGCAGAACCAAGCCACCAUGGAGGAGGCCCAGCAGAAGGAGGAGGAGUUUAAGGCCAUGCUGGAGCAGCUGAAAAAACAACAGGAAGAAGCUCAAACUGCUGCCAUGGCAACCUCAGCCGGAACAGUAUCAGAGGAUGCGGUCGAGGAUGACGGAGGAGGGCGGCUGUCAUGCAGCUCUUCUGAGAUGUCCAAGCUGAGCUCCAAGAGUGCCAAAGAGCGGCGCAACCGUAAAAAGAAGUGGCGACAAAAAGAGCAAGAGAAGGAGAAAGGCGAUAGUGAAAAGUUUGUCAAGUCCGAGUCGGACGACGGCAGCAAGAGGAGCCGCUUCCGGUUUCCUGAUAACCGCCUGGGGCGAAAAUCUUCUAUUAUGAACCAGUCUCUCCUGAGCAUACCAGGCUCACCUUUCCUGUCCCGCCACAAUAGCAAAAGCAGCAUCUUCAGUUUCAAGGGCCGUGGCAAGGACGUGGGUUCAGAGAACGAAUUUGCGGAUGACGAACACAGCACGGUGGAGGAGUGCGAGGAGCGCCGGGGCUCCCUGUUCAGCCCAUACCGCCGCAGCAGUUACAGUGGCUACCACGGGAAGCGGAACAGCACGGUGGAUUGCAACGGCGUGGUGUCCCUCAUCGGCCCUGGGCCUGGUGGACGCCUUCUGCCUGAGGUGAAAAUAGAUAAGGCAGCUACUGACGACAGUCCCACUACUGAGGUUGAGGUGAAGAAGAAGCUGUCUGGCUCCCUGAUGGUGUCUGUGGACCAGCUCAAUACCUCCUUUGGGCGGAAAGAGCGGGCCAACAGUGUCAUGAGCGUCAUUACCAACACACUAGUGGAGGAACUGGAAGAGUCCCAGCGCAAGUGUCCACCCUGCUGGUAUAAAUUUUCAAACACAUUCCUGAUAUGGGAAUGCUCCCCCACGUGGCUGAAGAUUAAGGAGAUUGUCAAUCUGAUAGUCAUGGAUCCCUUUGUGGACUUGGCCAUCACCAUCUGCAUCGUCCUCAACACGCUCUUCAUGGCCAUGGAGCACUACCCUAUGACACCCGACUUCGAGGCCAUGCUCUAUGUGGGGAAUUUGGUGUUCACUGGGAUCUUUGCUGGGGAAAUGAUGUUCAAACUAGUGGCUAUGGAUCCCUAUUACUACUUUCAAGAAGCCUGGAAUUGUUUUGACGGCUUCAUCGUGACGCUGAGUUUAGUAGAGCUGGCUCUAGCUGACGUCGAAGGGCUGUCAGUCCUGCGGUCAUUCCGACUGCUGAGAGUGUUUAAGUUGGCCAAGUCAUGGCCGACUCUCAACAUGCUGAUCAAGAUCAUUGGCAACUCUGUGGGCGCUUUAGGGAACUUGACUCUCGUGUUGGCCAUCAUUGUCUUCAUCUUUGCCGUGGUGGGCAUGCAGCUGUUUGGAAAGAGUUACAAAGAUUGUGUGUGCAAGAUCCAUGCUGAUUGUGAGCUGCCGCGCUGGCACAUGAACGACUUCUUCCACUCCUUUCUGAUUGUCUUCCGGGUGCUGUGCGGUGAGUGGAUUGAGACCAUGUGGGACUGCAUGGAAGUGGCUGGCCAGGGCAUGUGUCUCAUCGUCUUCAUGAUGGUCAUGGUCAUUGGCAACUUGGUGGUAUUGAACCUGUUUCUUGCUUUGCUGCUGAGCUCAUUCAGUGCAGACAACUUGGCUGCCACAGAUGACGACGGCGAGCUUAACAAUUUACAAAUUUCCGUCAUUCGCAUGAAAAAAGGCAUUGCGUGGAUCAAAGCCAAGGUGCGUCUGCUGGUGGCCAGCCUGCUGAGGAAACCACCCAUGGAGGAUGAGCAGAAACCUUUGGACGACAUGUAUGACAAGAAGCUGAACUGUAUUGCUAACCACACCGGGGUGGACAUAAACCGAGAUCUGGACUAUGCAAAGAACGGCAAUGGCACGACCAGUGGCAUUGGCAGUAGUGUGGGCAAGUAUAUGAUCGAUGAAGACCACAUGUCAUUCAUCCACAACCCCAACUUGACCGUGUGCGUACCCAUUGCGGUUGGGGAGUCUGACUUUGAGAACCUUAAUACAGAGGAUUUCAGCAGUGAAUCAGACAUUGAGAACAGCAAAGAGCUGGAUGACACCAGCUCGUCAGAGGGUAGCACCAUUGACAUCAAGCCAGAUGUGGAGGAGGUGGUUGUGGUGGAGACAGUGGAAGAAUACAUGGAACCCGAAGCAUGUUGGACAGAUGCAUGCGUGGCUAAGUACAAAUGCUGCGAAGUUGACAUCACCAUGGGCUGGGGGAAGCUCUGGUGGUAUCUCAGGAAAACAUGCUACCUGAUCGUGGAGCACAACUGGUUUGAGACUCUCAUCAUCUUUAUGAUCCUCCUCAGCAGUGGAGCUCUGGCCUUUGAGGAUGUGUACAUUGAGCAAAGAAAAACCAUCCGGAUAAUACUGGAGUACGCAGACAGGGUUUUUACAUACAUCUUCAUCCUGGAGAUGCUGCUGAAAUGGGUUGCGUAUGGCUUUGUCAAAUACUUCACCAACGCUUGGUGUUGGCUGGACUUCUUCAUUGUGGACGUGUCUAUAGUCAGCCUUGUAGCUAAUGCGCUGGGCUACUCCGAUCUAGGGCCCAUUAAAUCACUCAGGACACUAAGGGCCUUGAGACCCCUCAGAGCCUUGUCACGUUUUGAAGGGAUGAGGGUGGUAGUCAACGCCUUGGUGGGAGCCAUCCCUUCCAUUAUGAAUGUCUUGCUGGUUUGCCUCAUCUUUUGGCUGAUUUUCAGUAUCAUGGGGGUCAACCUGUUUGCAGGAAAGUACUACUUCUGUUUCAACGAGACCUCCGAAGAGUACUUUCCUGUUGACGCGGUCAACAACAGGACCCAGUGCGAGGCCCUCAUUGAACAAAACUUUACGGAGGUUAGGUGGAAGAAUGUCAAAAUCAACUUUGACAAUGUAGGUGCCGGCUACCUGGCCUUGCUCCAAGUGGCCACAUUCAAAGGUUGGAUGGACAUUAUGUAUGCAGCUGUGGAUUCCAGAGAGGUGGGAGAUCAGCCAGACUAUGAAGUUAACAUCUACAUGUACAUCUACUUUGUGGUUUUCAUCAUCUUUGGCUCCUUCUUUACCCUGAAUCUCUUCAUCGGUGUUAUCAUUGACAACUUCAACCAGCAAAAGAAAAAGUUCGGAGGUCAGGAUAUCUUUAUGACAGAGGAGCAGAAGAAGUACUACAAUGCCAUGAAGAAACUGGGCUCCAAAAAGCCUCAGAAACCCAUCCCUCGACCACAGAACAAGAUACAAGGAAUGGUCUUUGACUUUGUCACACAGCAAGUCUUCGACAUCUCCAUUAUGAUCCUCAUUUGUCUCAACAUGGUCACCAUGAUGGUGGAAACGGACGACCAAUCAGAUGAAACUGAGAAUGUCCUCUACUGGGUCAACUUCAUCUUCAUUGUGGUCUUCACCACGGAAUUCUUGCUGAAGCUCUUUGCUCUUCGCCACUACUACUUCACCAAUGGAUGGAACAUCUUUGACGUGGUGGUGGUCAUCCUGUCUAUCGUUGGAAUGUUCCUGGCUGACCUUAUCGAGAAGUAUUUUGUAUCUCCGACGCUGUUCCGAGUGAUCCGCUUGGCUCGUAUCGGCCGUAUCCUGCGUCUUAUCAAAGGAGCAAAGGGCAUCCGAACGUUACUCUUUGCCCUGAUGAUGUCACUUCCUGCCCUGUUCAACAUUGGCCUCUUGCUCUUCCUGGUCAUGUUCAUCUUCUCCAUCUUCGGCAUGUCCAACUUUGGCUACGUGAAGCAUGGUGCCGGCAUCGACGACCUGUACAACUUUGAGACCUUUGGCAACAGUAUGAUCAUCCUGUUCAUGAUCACCACUUCGGCCGGCUGGGACGGCUUGCUUCUGCCCAUCCUCAACUACCCGCCGGACUGCAAUCCCAACUUGGAGAACCCAGGCACCUCAGUCAAGGGUGACUGCGGUAACCCCUCAGUGGGGAUAUUUUUCUUUGUCAUGUACAUCAUCAUUUCCUUCCUGAUUGUGGUCAACAUGUACAUUGCCAUCAUCCUGGAGAACUUUAGCGUCGCCACAGAGGAGAGCGCUGAUCCACUGAGUGAGGAUGACUUUGAGACCUUUUACGAGAUCUGGGAGAAGUUUGAUCCCACUGCCUCUCAGUUCAUCACUUUCGCCAAGCUGUCCGACUUUGCUGAUGCACUGGAACACCCGCUUCGUGUCCCGAAGCCCAACACCAUCGAGCUGAUUGCCAUGGACAUGCCCAUGGUGAGCGGCGAUCGCAUCCACUGCCUGGACAUUCUGUUUGCCUUCACCAAGCGUGUGUUGGGCGACAGCGGUGAGUUGGACAUGCUGAGGCAGCAGAUGGAGGAGCGCUUUGUCGCGGCAAACCCCUCCAAGGUGUCCUAUGAGCCCAUCACCACCACGCUGCGCCGCAAACAGGAGGACGUCUCGGCCAGGAUCAUCCAGAAUGCCUAUCGCGCUCACCUCAUCCGCCGCGGCAUCAUUUUCAAGCGCCACAUGUUCACUAACAACAAGCUUGAGAAUGGCAGCACGAACCAGGAGAAGAAGGAGAGCACGCCAUCCACCGCCUCGCUCCCUUCGUAUGACAGCGUGACCAAACCAGACAAGGAGAAGCAGGACGACAACAAGGAGGCAUGGGCCAGGAAGGAGAAGGACAAAAACAAAAAAGAUGAGUGGGAAUCUAAGUGUUAGGCACCAUGAGACUCUUGAGCCCCACCGAAGUAGAAACAUUUGCAAGUAAUAAAAUCUGAGAAAAACACUGGGAAAAAAAUGUUUACAGACUACUGAGGAAACACGGUUUCUUAUGUCAUCAAAGACAGCUGAACCAAACACAAUCAGUUUACUGUGGAACUUUGCUGCAUAAUGACCAAGCUCUUAGAGUGACUCACAACAGUAUGCUGGCCAUGACACAUACGCACGCACGCACGCACGCGCGCACACACACACACACACACACACACACACACACACACACACACACACACACACACACACACACACACACACACACACACACACACACACACACACACACACACACACACACACAGAUAUUUUUGGGGACCAACUUGCCAAGGCACACAACUCUCUGGUGAACGAAUGAAAGAAUAGCAACGUCCCUGCCACAGCAGAGCAUGUCAAGUCCCUCUGCAAAGCUUCCAUGCGAGAGCACGACUAGAACUGCAACAUCAGUAUAAAAGAAGAAGAAGGAGAAGAAGAAAAAAAUCAACCACACAACCGAGCAAGCCAGCUAUUGGGCGAUGGAUGGAUGGAUGGAUGGAUGGAUGGAUGGAUGGAUGGAUGGAUGGAUGGAUGGAUGGAUGGAUGGAUGGAUGGAUGGAUGGAUGGAUGGGGAGCAGAAAACUGAAAUUUUUGACUGUUUAAUUUGUUUAGCUUGUCAAUGCCUCGUUGCAACAUUACAUGAUUCAAGCAGCAAAAGAAAUUAAGUAACAUCAAGCUCAUGUCACAAGCGCUUUCAUCUCGGUUAUGCUGACAUAAGGAAAAGACAUUCAGGUUUUGGGCUGCAGAAGACUUGCUCAGAUCAAUAAUAAUAAUUAUUGUGCUUGUUCAAUGCAUAGAAAUGACUUGCAUGAAGGCAUGUUUUGAUCAGGAAUCAUGCAUGAGUAAUCAUAGUCCACAAGACACUAAAUGCUCAUAACUCUGCAGAGGUUUUACAGUGUGACAUGGAGGCGACUGCCCACUGGAGCUGAUGAACCGGGUGUUUGGCAACUUAAAGUUUUUUUUUUCUGCUCUGCAUUGAAAUGUCGGCGUCAAAGAGGCAGAAGUCGACCCUUAUGUUGAGGAUGCGGGGAUCGCAUCACUUUUGUCCUUUUACUGUUGGGACAAUGUUGUAUGUCACAGAGUUUGCGGUGUUUUGAUCUGGGGUGCUCAAAGAAUAAUAGGGUAUCCCUACUACUGUUGUAGCCCUUGUAGACAGUAGAGGAAGAAGACGCGUUUGAUUUCCUCUUUUUGUACUCGUGACGGAUAUGCAUUAGAGCUUCCCAGCCAAUGAGGCGUUAUGUAAUGUCACAUUUGUCUGACAAUUUGGAACCACGGUCUGGGAGAUUGUCUUUUCUGUUGUCGUCCCACAAGGCUGGAGAAUGACGCAGACCAUCACGGAGUGUGUGCGGGGUUUGCACAAAGCUAUCCCAAUUCCCAAGCACUAAGCCUUGUCAUGCCAAGCAUGAGUGGAAGGGGCAUAAAGGGCUUUUGGUUGCUAGAAUCCAGUGGGCUAUGUCUGCGGGUGAUCCUCAACAACAGAAAUAACUGCCAUGUUUCUCUGUGUAUCAUUGGCACCAUCUUUUUUCACACACGCUUCCAGUGAGUCGGACAGAGGUGAUAAAAGCAAGACUUCCUUCUGAUGAACAUCAGGAGACCUCACAUAGAUGCAGCUACCGUGUGUGAGCAAUCAAAAAAGUUUUGUGGAGAAACGGAAGGCUUUGUCAAUCCAGCUGCCUCUUGAGGUGUUCCUGCCAUUCCUUUUGUACGUGCCAAUCGAUGGUCCUAUUUCUACGCGGAUGACUUGCCCAGCGUCCAAUACCAUUUUGGUGUGUUCAACACUGCCGACCCCACCCCCCUACAAAAGGACACCCUUUUGUCUGUACCAUGAAACCAGGUCUGUUCACAGCAUGAUGUCUCCCAAUAGUUUGGCUGUUGCACACUGAAAACAAAUACAUUCCCAAUGAGAGAACCACUGGAGCGAGCUGUGCCAUCCAGCCGAACAGCGCUCAUCUCGGAUGGAACCGAUCCGAUUGACUCGCUCACCACGCCAACCACAAACAGACAAAAAAAAGAAGACGAUGUACAGCGCAGGCGACAAUGUAAAUGGCACAAUCGCAGGAAAAGAACGACUUUUUUGAGAGAAACUAUAAAUAUUGUAACAUACGAUUUUAUUUUAUCUGCAUGCUUUGUUGUGUUUUUGUAAAUAAGUAAUUUAUCACUGUUACUAUUACUAAUCACACAGAAAAGAAGAAACAUGACGAUAUAGAAUGGCCUCCAGCUAUCCCUGUUGACACGUUUGUACCUUUAGAAUUUUUUGAGACACUUUUCACUUUGGUGACUGGAUC